AUGCGGCAUCUUCGUCCUUCUUUUGCAUUCUCUUUUCUUUCCUUCCUUACGUUCGUUUUAUCUGAUGAUAUCUCUUGCGACUCGACAAAUCCUUGUACUGAAGGAUGCUGUUCUAAGUUGUCGAAUGUUUGCGGCUACGGCCCAGAUUAUUGUUCAUCUACCAACUGCAUCGCUGCAGCUAGUACAAAUGGGACUUGCUCCCAGCUGGCUGAGUGUGAUCCUGGUGUCUACCCAGGCUGGGCAGACAAGUGGGGCUCUCAGUAUGCUAAAUCCGAAAAUUGCCCUCUGAAUGUCUGCUGCAGCGAGUUUGGCUUCUGUGGAACAACCACGGACUUUUGUGGCGACACUACUGUUGCUGAGCCAGUAUGCGACGGAACUUCGGCAACGAAGACUAUCGCAUACUAUGAGGGUUGGAACUCUGAGCGUGCCUGUGACACCAUGCCGCCAGAGAAUAUCCCAAUUGGCGGUUACACGCACAUUAAUUUCGCUUUUCUUUACAUUGACCCUGAUCUUUACACAAUAAAGCCGAUGGAAACUUCUCAGCAAGAGCUCUACAGUCGCGUCACCGCGCUGAAAAAGCGAAAGAAUGACUUAGAAGUCUGGAUUUCUAUCGGUGGAUGGGCCUUCAAUGACCCUGGAUCAACUGCUAACACCUUUUCCGAGCUGGCGGCAUCUAAGUCCAAGCAAUCGACCUUCUUCGAGUCAUUAUUGAACUUUUUGGACAAAUACGGAUUCGAUGGUGUGGAUUUGGAUUGGGAAUACCCAGUUGACGCUGAACGUGGCGGAUCAGAUGCCGAUUAUGACAACUAUCCAACCUUCUUGGCAAAUCUUCGCUCUGCGCUUGAUAGCGCAGAUAAAGGCUAUGGCUUAACUAUUACCCUACCCAGUAGCUACUGGUAUCUUCAGCAUUUCGAUGUCGUGGAGAUGGCAAAGAGUGUCGACUGGUUCAACAUGAUGACAUACGACCUUCACGGUGGCUGGGAUGCAGAUGACCCUUGGAUUGGAUCUGUUGUCAACGCACACACCAAUCUUACGGAGAUCGUCUCGGCCAUGGAUCUUUUGUGGCGGAAUGAUAUUCCUCCCUCUCAAGUUGUGAUGGGACUGGGAUUCUAUGGCCGAAGCUUCACGCUCAAUGAUACGUCAUGUGUCACUGCGGGAUGUCCUUUCUCGACAGUUGGUAAUGCGGGUGAUUGUACAAACAGUGCUGGCACGCUUUCAUUCUCGGAAAUUGAAGCAAUUCUAAAGGAUGCGUCUCGCGAUGCCACCCAGACUUAUGAUGAAACCUCUUCAGUUCAAAUCGUGACAUUUGACGAGAAUCAAUGGGUGAGCUAUGAUAACUGGGCUUCGUUUCAGGCUAAGUUGGACUACGCAAAUUCCCAUUGCAUUGGAGGAACAAUGGUCUGGGCUGUCAGCUUGGACGUCGACGGAACAGCAACCAAUGGCCUUACCGGAGCCUCUGUUGUUUUCCCCGGUGACGACGGUUCCCAUGGAGGAAGUGAAGAUAUUUAUGUCGGACCUGACCUGUGGACAAAUGCAACCAAGGAGAUCUCUUGCGAGCCACCCUGCACUAUGAUCCUGCCCCCAUUCCCACUAGCGUCUCCUAUAACGAUUGACUGGCCAGCAUACCAGACUACCAUUGCAUCAAGCUCUGAUGGGGCCACAUUGACCAAGACCACUACAAUCACCGUUGCUCCCUUCACUAUCAACGAGAUACCAUUCUGGCCUAUCACUGUGGCGGAAACUGGCAGAAAUGCCUACUUGAGCCCCAUGCAGAGCAUUGCUCCACCAACCUUUGGUCUGACUUUGCCACAAACCGAAGCUACUUUCCCCCUUUUCCAUACUGAUUACAGUGCCACUCUUACCACCAAGACAUCAACGGCAAACGCUACUGUGCCAUCCGUUACAACACCUGCUGCUGUCCAGAGUGGAAUUGUUUCCGAUUGUACUGAGUUCUAUGAAGCAAUCGCCGGCGAUGGAUGCUAUUCCAUUGCAACUGCGCACGACAUCACACUUGCGCAAUUCAUCGAAUGGAACCCGGCGGUAAAUUCAGACUGCUCGGGACUUUGGGUUGAUGAAUAUUACUGCGUCGCUGUUGCUAAAGCUACGAGCACCACCUCAUACACGCCCAUCCUCGUGACCUUCUUUGACAAUUCACAUGUUAUUACCGUGGCGCCACAGCCGACAGCGACAUCAAUCCAACCCCCUGGAACAAGUAUCCCUAUACUCACAUACUCCGACGGGGAGGCACCCUCGAAUGGAGGAUGUAGUUCUGGCGGCGACACUACUGGUUGUGGAAAGAUCGAUUGUUCCCUCUUUGGUUGUGGGGGUGAAUGUGGUUUCUUUGGGUGUGAUGGAGGCUGUGGCUUAGGAUUCUGCGGAGGAGGCUGUGGCCUUCUCGGUUGCGGCCCUGGAUGCGGAGCUGGUAACUGUCUCCAGGAAGGAGGUGGUGGUGGCUCCGAGGAGGAAGAGAAAUCAACUUCUGAAUCGUGCAGCGCAACUGCCACGGCUUCUGUCACGACUGUUUGUGACUAUGCCUGUCCAGACGGAGCAUCGACAUCCUGUGCCACUCUCUGCACCUCGUUGACAAUUAGCUACGCGCUGCCACUCACAUUACUUGAGGCCUCCGAUGAGGCCAUGACAUCCGCUGCCGAAUCUGUGGCAUCCUGGUUGAACCCAAAAUACACCAGCCUAGAUCCUGUCAUGACAAGUGGCACCACCAUAACUGCAUCAGCUGCAGCGCCCGCUGUGACGACGUCUGCUUCAACAACUACAGCCACUGCUAUCUCGGCCUCCUCUUGUGAUAUCAAAAGCACCAGCUCCUCCUCCUACUGCUCAUGUGAUGGAGGGUACGGCGUGACACUGUCAACAAAAGCUAACAAGUCCAAAACCACCUUCCUGGUCUGUGAUGUCACUCCAGCCCUGACAAUUUCCACCAUCACGCCGACCACGACCAGCACCAAAACCCAGUCUACUUCCACAACCACUUCUGCCAGCGGGUCUACAUCCACGGGCUUUGCGCUCUAUAUGACCUACUGGUCAGCCUCUGAGUGUCCCAUUGGACUCACAUGCGAGGAUGACGGGAAAUGGAAUGCGGUUAUGGUGGUGAAUCUUUCGAGUGAUGAAGUUGCCGUGCCCAUUAAAGGCACGUGGAACCAGGAUGGCAUGGUUGAUGGAAGUCAAGCAACAUUCUGUGAUCAGACUUCGACUUUCACAAUCGAUGGCGAUGACAUCAAGGGCUCAAGCAGUGUCAGCAAGUAUGGCUCAUAUGUUUGCAAGAAGCAAGCUGUUCCUGAAGAGAAUACCUGGUAUGAUCCGGAAAACACGGUAUCUUAUGAUAUCGAAGGGGCAUGGGUGUGUCUGACAGACAUCUGUACCUAA